UCAGUGUAAACACAAAUACUGUACAAAGUGCGAAUUGCAAAAUGAAGCUCUUCGUGGUGGCUAUUUUAUUGUGCGUUGCCGUGGCCGUUAAAGCACGACCAUCGAGAGUCAUCGGUGGUCAAGAUGCGCCCGACGGUAAAUAUCCUUACCAAGUUUCGCUGAGACGAGGCACUUUCCAUACUUGUGGCGGCUCGAUCAUCAACAAGAGAUGGGUUCUCACAGCUGCUCAUUGCGUUCAAGGUCUGGAUCACAACGCACUGAAUAUCGUGGCCGGCACCAACCUAAUCGAAGGUGGCGAGGAGCAGACCUACAAGUCCCAGUACAUCGUCUAUCACGAUGGCUUUGACAUGUGGGAACUGCAAAACGACGUCGCCCUGAUACGCGUCAGCAAAGACAUCGUCUUCAACGAUAAGGUGCAGCCGAUCAAACUUUCCACUAAAUCUGAAAAGGAUGAAAAGAGCGUCGACGUUGUUCUGACCGGAUGGGGCUCAACUUUCCUCGGUGGAAGUGCGCCCAACAAUUUACAAGAGAUCAAUCUGAAAGUGAUUGACAACAAAAAGUGUGCCAAGGAAAUGGGCUUCAACAUCACAAAAUCGCACAUUUGCACCUUGACUAAAUCCGGCGAAGGAGCAUGUCAUGGUGAUUCUGGUGGUCCUCUGGUAGCCGACGGAAUUCAAGUAGGCAUCGUUUCGUUCGGUCGUCCGUGCGCCGUUGGCAAACCCGACGUUUUCACGCGGGUGGGAACUUUCCAUGAUUGGAUCGAGAAGCAACAAUUGCAAUUUUCAAGUUAAAUAUAUUGAAUAUGCUUUUGUACAUUCAAAAUCGUGAACAUAGGCGGAUGAUUAUCGCAAGAUAUGUACAUAUGAAUAUAUUGUAAAAUUCAGCAAAUUUUCUUAUUAAAAAGUUUAAAACUUA